CCUAUUUAAAGAUAUGUCAGUUAAUUAUUGAAUUGUAAGGUAAAUAUGAUAUCUUUAUUAGAAAUAAGUCUUUUCUCAAUUAAAAUUUUGAUUAAGAUUACCUUUUGUUGCUCCAUUUUUAGUAUUUAGUGCACUUUACAAUUAAAUAUUAACAAAAUAUGACAAAUAUUUUUAAAACAUUUAUUUUAUUACUAAGUAUUGAAUUACAUUUGGAGUAAUUUUCGCAUUUCAGAAUUUAAAAAAUGGGAGACAGCAGAGCCUCCAAAAUUAUGAAAAUGCUGAAUAAGAGCCCUGAAGAUCCCAACAAGCUAGAAUUUGGAUUUCUACCAGAUGGAGAUAAUUUAACUCAAGUGAAUUUCUGGGCACUUGGAGAUUUAGGCCUACAAAGAUCAUUUAUCCAUGCAUGCAUGAGAAAUGUUAUGCCAAAAUACAAAUAUACAAAUGCCGAAAGACCUAGAAAUGCUAAUAAGGCUUUUUACUUUACAAUAAAUGAGAAGCCAAUUAGGGUUUGUAAAACAUUUUUUAGAAAUACAUUGGAUAUCACAGAUAGAAUGAUUCGUAGCGUUUCAUCAAAACUAGAUGAAAAUGGAUUUCUGAAAGAAAAAAAUAGAGGAAAACAUGAUAGUCAUCCCCAACUUAACGAAGAUUUAGUGCAAGCUAUUAAGAAUCAUAUAAACUCUAUACCCAGAAUGGAGUCGCAUUAUGUUAGAGCAAACACGGAACAUAUGUGCAGUGGAAGAGAUCAUAUGAAUCAGUGCCUCAAUUCUAUAUUUACCAAUCAAGUUGGCACACUUUGUUCUUAUGAGGGCCGAAAAGGGAACUAUAAAUUAAAGGAUACAUUUAUUAUGAAGGUUUUAACUGACGAGGCUGUCGAAUAUGGUAAUAACAACGAAGAUGGAGACGAUACAGAUGAUGGAGAAGACGAUGGAAGCAUACACAUCGACGUCUUAGAAUCGGACGAAGAUGAAGCAAGCGGCGAAGAAGAGGACAUAAGUGAGGCCGAAGAUGACCAGAAUUUAUAUAUACAUACAUUUGCCCCAGACAGGUAUUUUGCUUUAAUUGAAAAGCAUAAAAAGUAUAUUAAGCAAGUAUUUUCUAUAGAAGAAUGGGUUGAUAUUGUGAAAAAAUCAAACAGAAAAAAAACUUUUGUAGCAGUGGAAAUAUCUCAAGAUUUUUAUACUUUUGAUGAGCUUGCUUCUGUCUCGCUUGUUGGAGGAAAAGACAUUAGCAACCUAAUUUCCAAUAUACUACGAAAAACGUUGUCUAAGGAACUCAGUCUCCAAUUUAGCGGUCUUGGUAAAAAAGGAAAGAAAAAUUUUUCGGCAUUAUGGCUCUACAAGGUUAUACUUGCAGCUGUUAAAAUACGUUACAACGACAUAGAUGAUACUGUUGUACUAAAAAGAACUUCGUUAGUACUGGCAACAUCUGGUGAUCGUGACGGAGGCAGAAAAGCAAGAUCAACGAAACGAAAUGGUACUUCUAGUCAGUCUUUCUCUUCAGGAGAUUCCACCGCAAGUUCUACUGGAUGUAAUACACAGCUGGUGUCGACUCUAAUGGAAGGCUACGAAAAAGUUUAGUUAUUGUGAAUAAUAUGGAUUUAAGCAGUGUGAUAAUGUGCAUUAGGAUAUAAUACGUAAAGUAUCUUUUAUAAAUAUUAUCGCGUUGUAGGAUCAUCCUGUAUGUGUUAGUGUUAUUUGCAUAGUGGGUUUUUACAAGCGGCUUUUUAAUUUUUUUAUAUGGGUAUGUUUUGACAUACAACCUAUAUAUCGUCGUCUUGGAAGUCAAUAGGCGUAAUCCACAAAUUUCGUGAAAAUGAGAUAAGUAUAUACAAAUGAAACGCA